AUGGCCUCAAAAUACUGGCUGUGCAAUGGCUGUACACACUCCAAUGAACAUAGCCGUAAGAAAUGUGUGCAGUGCGGGAGCAAGAAUGGUCCCAGAGGUGACAAUGACAUGUGGGCAUGUCCCCAAUGCACCUUUAGCAACGAAGGAUAUAAGUCAAAAUGUUCAGCAUGUGGAUCACACAAAGGUUCUGGUGGCGGGGGUCACAGCGCAAGAGGUCGAGGAGGGGGGCGAUCGAAAUACGGAAAAGUGACUGAUGAUGAGGUGCGCAUCGUCCUUUUAGGAAAAACCGGAACUGGAAAAAGCGCCACCGGAAAUACAAUCUUAAAUGGUGAUUUCUUUGAUUCCACAACGUCUGGCUCUUCUGUGACAUCGCGUUGCACCAGCAGACAUGCCGAAAGGUUUGGCAGGGAUAUUCAAGUAGUAGAUACACCAGGGAUAUUUGAUACCAAUAUCCCAAAUGAUAGAGUUCAGAGAGAAAUUGUCAAAUGUAUUGGAAUCACAGCCCCAGGUCCACACUGCUUUCUUCUUGUCCUCGGACUUUCCCGGUUUACACAGGAAGAAGAGGAAAGCGUUGAUCACUUUGUCAAUUACUUUGGAAAUAAAGUUUUUCGACAUUUCAUCAUUCUCUUCACCAGAAAAGAUGAUCUGGAUCACCACGGCUUGACAUUGGACGAUCACAUUCGAACUGUUCCUCAAAGUCUGAAAUCAAUCAUUCGGAAGUGUGACAAUCGCUGUAUUGCCUUUAACAACCGAGCUACAGGGCCCGAACGACAAGAUCAAGUAGAGGAUCUUCUAGAGAUGAUAGACGACAUUGUUCGGCAGAAUCAUGGAGAUUGUUACACAAACGACAUGUACUCUGAGGCUGAAAAGGUUAUGAAACAAAGACAAUACCAAAUAGAGAAGAAAAGGGAACGACAGCGUGAGCGAGAAAGAAAAGAAAUCGAACGUGAAAUAGAGCAGAAAUACAAACAUCAGAUAAGCGGUCACUCUAGAAACCAAAAUGCUCUAGAAAACCGAGUUGCAGAGCUGGAAUCUAAACGAGACUACUAUAUGAGUCGGUCAUCAGAUUUGAACAGGGAGAUCCAUGAACUCGAGGACGAGAUAGAAUACGAAAGAAGGCAACAUGGUUCUCCUAGCUCCCAUCUUUUAAAGAAACUCAGGAAUUUAGAAGACGAGCGUACUAGAUUGGGAUCUGGAAAAGAGAAGGAAAUGGAGAGGGAAAUAGAAGAUCUCAGAGUAGAGCUCAAGCGCAUGCACAAGCACUCCAAAAAGAUGGCAAAGGAGAAAGACAGAAUGUACCAAGAAAAGCUGGAAGAGCAUGACCGGAGGUUUAGAGAGAUGGAGAAUGCACGUCACGAGGUAAGGCAGGAAGUAGAAACUGGUUCCGGAAAUGUGGGAGAGGCUCUUCUUGGUGGUAUAAUGACCAUAGGAAAGCUAAUAUGGAAAGGAAUACAGAUGAUGAUUUAAUAUUUGUGCACUUUACUUUGACAGUUGCACUCAAAAUCUUUCCUGUUUUGUUUGUUUGUUUUUGGGAGGGGGAUUUGGUUUUGAGAAAUCGCA